AGGUCGAAAUUCUAAUUUUUGUAAACAAACAGUUAUGUAUGCAGAUCAAAUGCUUUUUAACCGAAAAAAGCAUAGCCUAUGUGACAACUGAAAUUUAUAAAGCGCUUAAGGAGUUAAAAAAAGCAAUCUUAUUUGUAUUUCUCCAUUUCCCACCAUGCGAAGAUCAUCCUCAUUGGGGAGAUCUUCCAUUCCGCAUUACAGUAGUGCUAGUAAGCGAUCGUCAUCAACAUCUAGGUCAUCCGUGGGAGGAGGCGGUCCCCUCAGGGUGAGGAACGAUGACAACCCCAAGGUUACAGCAUCCUCGUCUAAAACAAAAAGAAGCUCAGGGUAUGGUUUCAGUGGUAGGCCUUCUAUGGACUACCAAAAACCAGUCAGCUACAGUGAUAGAAUGUCAUUUGGACAAGGGAAGACACCAAAUAAAGGGUUACGCAGAGCAAGUCACAUGGGUGUGCCAACUACGAUACUGAAAGACCCAAGAAAGGUUUCUGACAAAAGUUUUCAAGCAAUAUGUGUCGCAAAACUUGUAGAGUUUUUAACAGAGAAAGGUUAUCCACACAAAUUGUCCCCCGAAAUUCUCAAGGCACCACCAAGGAAAGAUUUCUUUCAGAUAUUUGAGUUCCUGUACAGCAUGUUAACCCCAAGAUAUAGGAUUGGCAAAAAACCAGAGGAAGAGAUCCCAAAAAUCUUCAAGGAGUUGGGGUAUCCCUUCAUGAUUUCAAAAACUGCUAUGUAUGCAUUGGGAUCCCCUCACACUUGGCCUACAAUACUGGCAGCUCUCGUUUGGAUGGUAGAUUUGAUAAAGUUUGGUAUGCGAGUUGGAAAGUCAAUAGACAGUUUUCUGUUUCCUCCAAAUGAAGAUGAGUUUGACACCUUGCCAGAAUCCCAGAUUUUGUUUGACUAUGUGGAGAAAACCUACAUCGCAUACAUGGAGGGCAAUGACAGCUUUGAGGAUUAUGAUGAGCAGCUGUCCAACCAUCUAAAUCAAAAACUUUAUGGAAUAAGUGGAGGAAUUGAAAACUUAGAUGAAGAGAACAAGAGAUUAGAGAAUGAGCUGGACUCGCUGGAACAAGAAAUUCAGGAAUCCCAGGAGAAAUUGAAGAAAAUGCAGGAAGAGGAAGUAUGUUUGAAAGAAAACGAUGAGAAAAUGAACAAGUACCUUGCUGAGAUGGAUGGUUAUGUAGAGAGUCUCGAAAAAAAUUACCAAAAUGUGGAGAAAGAAAUAGAGACACUAGCUGCUGAUCUCCAUAACAUAAAGGCAAGCAAUGACGAAAAGCAGUUGAUUUUUGAGUCCCAGGAGUUCUCCCAAGAAGAUAUUGAACAAAUCAAGAUUCACAGAAAGGACAUGUUGCGUCAGAUUGAUGAUGCAGAAGCUAGAGUGGCCAAUGUGGACCAAGAGAUUUGGUCGGAGGAAAUGAGGGCCUCUAAAAUGCUGGAGACGGUUGAAUCAAGUUGCAAUGAGUACAAUGAUUUAGCGCAGCUUUUAAAGUUGAUACCAUCCACUGCACAGUAUGCCUGUGGUGUGGAUUAUGAGCUGUCUUCUCGACACAAUGCACGGGACAAGUUCACAGACGUUGUCAAGCCAGCACUACAAUCUUUAAAAGAGCAGUGGGCAGAAGUUGUACAUGAGAAGUCCAAGGAACUGAUGAUGGAGAAAGAUGUCUAUGAGCAGUGUUCUGCAGAUUGCAUGGAUUUAGAUAAUGAACUAAAACUGAAAGAAAGCCAAUUAAAAAGAUUGGAAGAUGAUCUGGAGUAUAAAAAGCAGAUUGGCCAGAAGGAGUUUGAAAAACAGCAGGAAGAGAAAGAAGGUUUGGAAAAGGAAAUGUCCCAAAUCAAAUUGUCUUCUGGUAAGACAUUAUCUGAAGGACAGAAAGAAGUGAGAGACACUCAGAAAAGUGUUGAGAGCAAGAUGCGGUCCAUGGAACAAGACCUAGAAUUGUACAAAACCUUCCUUAAAAAGUCUUUUUCUAAGUUGAUUGACCACAAAGAAAGAGUAGAGGGAAUUCUGGAAACCAUGACCCAAAAACUGGAAGAGAAACUGCAGACAGUGAAGAUUGAGACAGAGAGAUCUUAGCAGUCUACACAUUACUGGUCAGCCAAUCUCUCAAGUCUUGUCUCCCUCUUAAACUGUUGAGUGGUGGAAAUCUGGUCAAUUUUAAUGAUUAACUAAAAUGAUGAGUUGCUCAUAUCUUCUCCUGAAAGUCAAAGGGAUGAAUUCCAAAGCUCAAAACCUUGUUAAUAACACAUGCUUUAGGAUUAUAUCUUGCAAAUGGAGUGGUGAUGAAGUCAAGUAACUUCAACAGAAAGACUGAGAUAUCUGUCAAACAUUGAUGUAAGCCCAGUUUGUAUAUGCAAUUAUUAUACCAACAUGUACAUCUAUAUAGAGCUUUUGAAGAUUAAGUAGUUUUGUUUCACUAUUUGUACAUGUAUAUGUUAAUUAACUUGAGUCAAGAAAACACAAGACUUAAGAUAAUCUCUGUUCCAACAAUAGUGUUUACUUUUAUUUUAAGAUAAAUGGAAUUAUCCUCAUUAAAAGGGUCAAUUACAUUGGUUUACUUUGAGUAAAAAAACACAAGUUCUGUUAUGGAAACACAAGUUUUUAAAAUAAAUCUAUGUUCCAACAAUA